AUGUACAAAAAUGGAUUAGAAAGUUAAUAAUUUUGGAAGAAAGUGAAUGGAAAAAACAAUUUACUUAUGAUAUUUCAAUCAAAAAGUGAUUAAAUUUUUGAAGCAUAUUCUCCUCGUAAAUGGAAAUCUUGUAAUGGGAAGUUCGUAGAAGAUAAUCCAUUGUCAUCUUUUAUAUUUUCAUAAAAUCAUGAUCAAGUUUAUCCUUUAAAGUAGAAUGAAAAAAAUACGCUAUAUAUUGUAAUUCACAAUUAGGACCUACGUUCGGUUAUGGCGAUAUUGAAAUAGAUAGCAAUUGUUAAUUUGGCUAUUCUAGAUUAGGUACAUCAUAUUAAUUUGACUGAUUCAAUUAAAAACAGGAUUUAUUGGAUGAUGAGAAUGAUGAGGAUAAUGAGGAUAAUGAGAAUAAUUAAUAUUUAUUUGGAUCAAGAAAUAAUAGAAUGUGAUAUAUAUCAAUUAUAAUUUUUUUGA